AUGACUGAGAAAGGCGAUUUCCCUCCGCCUGAAUCAGAUGAGGAAAAGAGGGAAGUUCCAUUAUUCGAUAAAGAUUUUGAAAAUCUUCUUAAAUCGGAUCCAGAUGGAUUAAAUCGAUUUAAACGUAAAUCAGAAACUGAAGAAGAACCAGAUGUCAUCAUUGGAACUCCACCAAUCAACUUUUCUAACAAAAAGAAAGACUAUUUUCCAAAUGAACUUACAUUAAACAGUCAAAAACCAAUUGAAAAAAAGAGAAUUUCAUUUGCAUCUCCUCCAUUAGCAGAAUCUCCUCCAAUAGCUGAAAGAAAUAAGCAACCGAGGCAAGUUCACUUCCUUGCACAGCCAAUAGGACCAGGAAAAAAAUCAGAGAAUUAG